GUAUUCAAUGGUGAACUUCUUUGUUUACUUCAUUUACCGAGUAUAUCUACCACCGUCAAUUCAAAGGACUUACUGAAUGUUGUUAAUUACACAAGUUGUUUGCAAACAGUCAUCGAAAACCUUAUUGGGAUAAAGGUUGUAUUUCAUUUUUAGCUUGUAAAUGCAUGCGUCAUUAGCUUCUAUCGGCAGAGCUUGUACAAUUCAAGAAGAUGAAGAUCCGCCAGCUACAUCUUUGGAGAGUUCAUUUGACAUGCAACAGGUUGAUUACAUUGAACAAAGUUUAAGAUCAUGUACGUCUUCAGUGGAUGAGUUAGUCACACUCGCAUUAUCAUUAUGUCAUUCGGUUAAAAUAUUACCAAAUUUUAAUAAGAUCGUUUUACAAGAACAUCCUUGUGGAACCAAACGGAGUGAUUCGAUACUUAAUACAGAUAAAUAUGACAACAAUAAAAACCAACCAUCAUCACCAUUGGAUGAACAUAUCAACUCAUCAACAAUCAACAACCCUAUUAUAUGUGUACAUACUUCCUCUAAUACUUCCAGAACUAAAUCAGAUGAUUUAAACUAUUUUACUUAUUUGCAUCGUUUCUAUUUAAAACUAUUGAACGUUGUACAUCUUGAUACAUUAAACAAUACUGUAAAAGAGUUAAGUUUAGGUUUGCUUGCAUUACUGGCUCAUUCAGAAACUGUUCUCAUUAAAGAAACCAAUUUAUUGGAUUGUAUUCUAUCAAAAUUUUCUAUAUCAAACAAUAAUAUUUAUUCUUUUCAAGCUCUUUAUGAGAAAAAUUCUUGUAAUAUAUUAAAUGAUUAUCAUGAGUUUUUAUUAACAACAUUAUUACAUUUUAAUGAUGAGAGUGGAGAUGAUGACAUUGAUGAUGAUAAUAGUAAUGACACACUUAUUACCGGUUAUACAACAACACAUUAUGAUUAUUCCUCACAAUUAGGUGAACUUAGAAUUUUAUGCGAAAGUUUAAGACAAUGUUGGACACAGAUGAAACGUUUAGCCAAUGAACAACGAAAUAUGCAAUAUCGUUUAAAUCAAAUUAAUGCUUCAAAUAACUGUGAUACAAUUUUAACAAAACUCUUUUUAGAUGCAUAUAGAAUUAAUUCCAUGUACAGUAAAUUACUAACAUUAGCUAUUAUAAAUUCUGCUCAAUAUUUAAUAUAUUCUGGUGUAUCAUUAUUAGGUUAUAUGGAAUUAUCACGUUUUACACAUGAUGAACUAUGGGAAAUGACACGUGGUAUUGAAGAGUUAAGUAUUUUACGAGGGCAUUUACAUAAUACAUUCCAAAUAUAUCGUAAUACACAUUUAUAUAAAUUAAUAUGUAACGACGAAAAUAUAUUUCAUUCUGCUCAGAUUUUAUCACCAACUACCGAUACUACUAGUAUUAGUAGCACUUUUAAACCAUUAUCACAACUUAUUUCAUAUAACUUAAUAAAUGAUCCUGUUGAUGUUGUAUUUUCGAUGUCUGUUGGAUGUUUAUUUUCACUAUUUGCUAAACAACGUUCCUUGCGUAUUGCUCAUCUAAUCUAUUUACACAUGUUUAAAUUUCCAAAGCUCUUCUUUAGUGAACCUGAUAACAAUCAUACUAAUAUCGAUUAUAAUCAUAAUUUAUCAAACAAAAAUUUAUUACAACAAGAAUUUCAGAAAUUCAUUCAAGAUAAUCACGGUUUUCUAGCUUCAGACUAUCUUCGAAAUGAAUAUGAAUUUAUAUCAAAUUUCUUAGAUAUACUAUCACAAUCAACUGAUCUAUUAUAUCAAGUACAGAAAUUACAACUUGUGUAUACAUCAGCUGCCGCUACAGCACAAAUAAGACAAGUGGAAGCCGAACAACGAUUAAAAACUCUUAGUAACACUAAUAAUUUGGAUCCCUGUUCUGUCUCCUCUUCUACCUCCUCCUCGUCUUCAUCUAUAUCACACGCUGUAAGUGUUGAAGGUAAACAUGGUGUAUUAGUACGUGCUCCUUCAACAAAUCAUCCAAAUAUGAUAGAAACAAAGGAGAUCAUUUCUAAAACAUCUCGGAAAACAGAUAUUAAUCAUAGAACUAACAUUUUACCUAACUAUAUUUCACGUUAUCAGGAUGCAUUACAUCGUUCUAGCACAUUAGAUCGAUAUGUGGCUACUGGAUCAGCUGUUUCACCUUAUUCAUCAAUCAGUAAUCAUACACUCGGUAAUGAUUUUACUAAAUUACAAUCGGAUAAUCAAGCAAAACCAGACAAUCAUAAUAACAAAAAAGACAAGAAUGAUUCUGCCAUUCACACUGCAACUGAAUGUAGUAGUAUCACUGAUGAUCAGGAAAAGGAACAGAGUAAACCUAGGGUUAAUUCUAAAAAAGGUGUACAGUGGAGUGAUCAUCGUGAAGUUAGUACACGACAUCAAAUUAUAGGUCGAUAUUUGGAGAUGACAUGGAAGUAUUCAGAGAAUACGCUAACAAGUUUAUUCCUAUCCACGUCAAGCACGAUUAUUAAACAGAGAAACGGUAACAGUAAUAAUAUAACUGUAAAUGAACCUAAAUUAUGCAAGUCUAAUUUAAUUAUGCCAUCAAUCGAACUUUUAAGAUUGGGAAAUAAUAUUUGUCAGUUGACAAUCACAUCAGAUUUCUUUCCUACUGGCUUACUACCAGUGCUUAGAAAACAAGCAUUGAAGUGUAAAGAAUAUGCUAUUUGGCGAAACUGGUAUGAAGAACAUCAAAUGUCUAUGUGCAUCUUGAAGAAAAAUGGUGAGAACACAAUUCCUAUCACAGAUGAUAAUUAUAAUUUACAAGAUACCUCAGAAACUACUUUUUAUAAUAAUGUAGUUUCUCAUGAAACAUGCGACCACUUGAACCAUAAUUCAUUAUAUUCAAUUUACAAUAUGUAUGUUCAAAGGAAUACAGUCAAUACUUCUGACACGCAAUCAUCAUUUUGUCCUUUUAAUAUUGAUAAAUGUCAUAAUUGUUGUAUUACAAUGAAUUUACGGCAAUUAUGGAGCUCCAAAGCAUUUCUUAUUAUAACUGACAUAAAUUCAAUCAUUCAGUUAAUUACAUAUAUGACGAAAUUAUUUGUUAAUGAUGAACAAACUUGGAUGAAUAUUUUAUUGUUGAUACAAAAUGAAUUAAAAGCAUCAGGUAAGCUAUGUAUUUGUAUAUUAAUAAAAGUGUGUGAUGUUUGAAUUAUUCGUUGUAACUAAUACACAUAAUCAUCUAUGUUGUGCCGUCUUCCGGGCCUGAUGUUGAUAUAUUGGCUACCUAUAUUCGAGCCCACAUCAGCUAAUUGAAUGAGGAGAUUGAAAUAAAUGAGUAUUAUUGAAUAAAACCGAAUAGAGAACAUAUGUACAUUCACUCAUAAAGAAACACUUUUAUGUCUUAAAAAUUGGAGACAGACCUUGGAGUAUCCGUUACAUCUUGGCCGGUCAUGUGUUUUCAUCUGUUGGUCUAUGUCUGAUUAACUCACGGUAUCACAAUCAUUUUCGAAUAUUUUCUUAUUGUAUUACGAAUUGUUUGUAGUUAUUACUGUUACCUAGUAAUCUCCAACUCGUCGGCUUAAUUAUAUUAAUGUUGUUACGAUGCGUUGAUACAUUAGAUUCUCUCCGUAAUGAAGUCACGCGUAUAUAUUAUUAUAAAAUCGGAGACUGUGACGGAACAGAUUUCUGUUUUAAUUUUCUUAUUUUUGAUGGUUCUAAAUUUUAUAUCAAUUAAUGAUGAAAAUUAUUCUUGUAUGUAGAUUUUUUUUUCUGAAGUAUCACAUCAUUUAAUAUACAUAAAUACUUGUUACUAACCAUUACUUUUUGAAUUUUCAUUAAAUAACUAAAAGUUUGGUCAUUAAAAAGGUAAUCUUUCAUAAUAGCGUGCGAAAAACAAUGAACAAGUCACUGUGGGUGUAAUUCAGUGAUGUUAAGUGAUUCGAAUGUCACUCUCACUUUUACCUACCUCUUACUAAUAUGUAAAUAUAGAUUUUGCUAAAUACUAGUUACAGUUUUGAAUGUGUAAAUAUUUUUAAGAAUAUGUCUUUUACUGACACAGUUUUAUCAUAACAAGCUAUUUUGUUAAACUUUAACGAUUUCGCAUUGUUCAUUUUUAGGACUGUUUGUUCUUAAUGAUUACAUAGGAAAACGUUUAAGCUUUGAAUGCGUUAUAUAAUUGAAGGUUGACUUUUUGAUUAAAUUCAAUGGCUUUCAGUUAACUCGUAGUAGAUGUGCAUAUCGCUCCUCAACUUUCGAUUUGGUAUUACCUAGUAAUAUUACUAGCUCUUGCAAAAAAUGUAGCUUUGGAUCGAGUACUUGUUAAAUUGAAUGUAAUUACCUAAUGUUUUCCAUCAAUUUUAACAUUUUGAUAAAAAAGUGAAUAUAUAAUAUAAUAAAAAUGUAAUACUGGAAUUAGUUUAUCACAAAAGGCGAGAAACAACCGCUCUAUCUUUUCAUAAUAUGAGUACAGUUUAUAUUCUUCUGUCUGGAUGUUUUAGGGUAUGAAAUUUACAGUUUGAAACUGUUCGAUAGUUGUAUUCUUUAAACAUUAUUCAACUUAACCUUUAUUACAUUGCUUUAGACUGAACACUCUACAGUAAAUGAAUAUCGCGAAGAUAUUCAUUCCCUUGUAGACACUACAAGUAUCGAAAGUGAAACGUAUUACUGUCAGGUUGAUCACAAACCCGAAUUGAUUUGAAUCAGUCCUUACGACUAAAACAAGAGUGAACUGGAGAAGCUUUCAGGCUCCGGUAAAAGAAAUCAAAGCGAUGUCAUAGUUAUUACAUAUGAUUUACACAGAUAUAAAAUACAGAUGACAGGGUAAUUUUUAAAACUGUGGAAUGACAUAGAUCAAGGAAUAAUGAAAAAAUAAAGGGUAGAGAAACGUUUUGCUAACUAAAUAACACUACGGUUUUUAACGAGAUCCUAGAGCAAACAACUUUCUGUCUUUUGCGAAGCAUAAAAGUCUCAAUGGAUAUUAAUCACAUAAUUAAACUGAAUUGGAUCGUUUAUAGUUCAGUUGCCAUUUCUACUUGUUCAACUCUAUAAUUUUCAGUAAAUGUCAUUUAAUCUUAACUGCUUAUUCUUUAAAAUAAAACUAAAAAUCACAUUCUAUCAUACAAUAUCUUAAGUCAUUGUUAAUAUCUAUAUUAUUAGGAGUUUAUGAAUACAAUCGUAAUAUUUAUAGACUUAAAAUAGGUUGAUUAUUAUUAUUAUUGAAUUGUUAUUGCUGAAUUCAACUUACUCAUGAAUUUAUUCUUUUAAAUAUUGUUUAUAUUCACUAAAUUCAAUAAAUUAUUUAUUAAAUAAAAUGGAAACAAACAUUUAAUUUCUAUAUACAAAAUAAUAUACUGAACAUACUGAUCAACAAAUUUUUCUAUUCUUUUUAUUGUUGCUCAUAAUCUAUUUUGUGGACAAAAAUAAGUUUAAUAAUCUAAAUUCUAUAAAUACAUGGUAGUUUUAAUAGAUGGUGAUAAAAGCAAAAAAAUUUUUCUACCUCUUUUUUGGAGGGGGCUAUUUAUUCAGUAAAUAUAAUGACUUUUAUUUAAUUGGAGUAAAAUUAAUAAAUUAGGUGUGAAACG